GAGAGCUGUGCUACACUGCCGCUCUGUGUUAUUGCGUUACCCACACGUGUGAUGGAGGCGGUGUGUGGGCGUGAGUCCCCGGUAUCGCCGCCCACGGUGGUGGCGCCCGUGGCUGUCAAGGCUGUGAGUGAGGCCCACACGAUGCCCGUGCCCACUGACCAGCAGCGCCUGCUGUACCAGUUGGCCCUGGCCGAACGCCUCCGUCUGGCCUCCGCUGGCCUGGCCUGGGCCAGACCCCCGCUCUCACCGCACCAUCACCACCUCCAGGAGGCCACCAUGGGCGGCAUGAUGGGCGGUCUCAUGAGCAACCACAUCAUGGGCGGCCUGGGAACACCGCUGAUGGGCGGUCUCAACACCGCAGGCUUCGGGAACGCGCUGAUGGGCGGCCCCGCGGGUCCGCCGGUCGCCGCAGCCUACCCGCAUCCGCCGCACCCGCUCUAUGGUUACCGCCUGAUGGACCCGCGGGUCUUGUUGCCCCGGGGCCCCGAGGAACCCAAGCCUCAACACUCAUACAUCGGUCUCAUCGCCAUGGCCAUCCUCAGCAGCCCUGAGAAGAAACUGGUCCUUAGUGACAUCUACCAGUAUAUCCUGGAUCACUACCCGUACUUCCGGUCCAGAGGACCCGGCUGGCGCAACUCCAUCCGUCACAACCUCUCCCUCAACGACUGCUUCGUCAAGGCUGGCCGCUCCGCUAACGGCAAGGGCCAUUACUGGGCCAUUCAUCCUGCUAACAUCGACGACUUUCGGCGAGGUGACUUCCGUCGGCGGCGCGCUCAGCGCCGCGUCCGGAAGCAUUUGGGUCUGGCCGUGGAUGACGACUCUUCACCGGAGCCGCCCUCGCCCACGGCUGCCCUCACUCUCACCCACGACACGCCCAUGGCCGCCCACCACACCACCCUCACCGCCCCAGAUGACGCCUCCUCCCAGUCACAAGCAUCUCCAGGCUCACACCCUCAGCCCGCCGCGCCCCGCAAGCGGCAGUUCGACGUGGCCAGCCUCUUGGCCCCUGACGACAAAGUGGCCAAGACCCGCCGACACACUGACGACCAAGACUCGGCUGAGAUUGACGUCGUUAGUGAUGACCCCGGUGACGACUCUGGCCCCGUCGCCGCCGCCGCUAGAUCCACCUCCCCAGCUCCUCCAGACGACGACCACGACGACGAUGACCACGACGAGGACGAGGAGCGCCCCUGGUCCCUGCUGGGGUGGGUGUCAGGGGCGUCCUGGCCUAUACCCACCACCACAAAUAACGACUCUCACCCACGACCCACACACGACCCUUCCACUGCCCAGUGAACCUACAACAGGUACCUACUAUAAACAUCACGUGACCUACAAUAGACGCCAUGAAAGAUACAAUAGGCGCUGUGCAACAUACAAUAAGAUACAAUAGGCGCUGUGCAACAUACAAUAAGAUACAAUAGGCGCUGUGCAACAUACAAUAAGAUACAAUAGGUUCUGUGUAACAUACAAUAAGAUUCAAUAAGCGCUAUGUGACCUGCAAUAAGCGCGAUGUGGCCUGCAAUAGAUGUCAUGAAACUCAGUAGGUAUUGUGUGACCUCCUACACUCACUAUGGCCUAUAAGAGACACCAGGUGACCUCUACUAAGAGGUUCACCAUGAAAGAUGUCACUCAUCUCCCACAACACACUCUGGGGGACUCGGAGAGGUCACUCAUCUUCCACAAUACACUCUGGGAGGCCCAGAGAGGUCACUUAUCUCCCACAACACACUCGGGGACACUCAUCUCCCACAACACACUCGGGGACAUUCAUCUCCCACAACACACCAUGGGAGGCCUAGAGAAGUCAGUCAUCUCCCACAACACACUCAGGGAGAAUUAGAGGGUUAAUUAUCUCUCACAACACAUUCUGGAUCAAUCGUCUCCCACAACACAAUAUGGGAUUGCCAGAGAGGUUAAUCAUCUCCCACAACACACUCUGGGAGACUCAUCUCCCACAACACACUCUGGGAGACUCAUCUCCCACAACACACUCUGGGAGGCUCAUCUCCCACAACACACUCUGGGAGACUCAUCUCCCACAACACACUCUGGGAGACUCAUCUCCCACAACACACUCUGGGAGGCUCG